AUGUCGUCUAGUUCCUCCAAGAGACGCAAGUCAAAGAAGGGUUCGACUUCCACCGCCAUGUCUCAAAAAGAUUGCAUGAAAUUUAUGGCCAAGCAAUUUGCUAAAGUCCUACCCGACAUCGUUAGCAAGAUUCAAACCGAUUCACCGCAUGGCUCUGUUGACUCAAAGGCAGACAAACCCAAACCGACCUUCCAGUUUAAGCAAUUCAUGGCUUCUUCAAAUGCCCCUGUGCGAGCAUGCUACAAGUGCGGCGACCUCAAUCAUCUCGCCAAUGUUUGUCCCCAAUGCUAUCAACCUCAACAACAGCAGCAACUACAGCAACCGCAACAACCACCACAUCAGCAACAACAAGCUCAGCAACCUGCUAGAGGCCGAGCUUUUGUCAUCACCGCUGCUCAGGCUCAAAACGCAAACGACGUCAUUACCGGUACAUUUCUUGUGAACCAUAUUUACGCUUCUUGUCUAUUUGAUACUGGCGCCGAUAAGAGUUUUGUGUCGCUAGAAUUCGAGCAAUUGCUUAAGUGUAAACGCUCUAAGUUGCCAAAAUCUUUCGCUGUCGAAGUCGCUAAUGGUAAAUCCGUCACUGUUGAUUCCGUUCUUCCCAAUUGUUCCUUGAUUCUCAACGAUCAUACGUUUUCGAUCAACCUUAUACCUAUGCAAAUGGGUUUGGAUGAUGAACCACCAACGUCUUGCGGUUGUGUUUCGGGUACGGAAUCGGGUUGGGAAAGGUUAACGGGAAUAAAUGAAUUGUCGUAUGGAAAGUUCGUGAAUACACAGUUUUCUAAAUACGACGCGAAUCCUGCUAGUUCAGGACACGGUGAGUAG